AUGUCGAGGCAUGCAUUGAGGGUGCCCCUAGGCUCGCUCUGGAGGACAGCUCCCUCCAGAGCUGUGCCAUGUCUCGCCGCCAGGGCCACCGUCUCCGGAAGCACGAGAUCGUCGGUGAGGCGGGCUUACUCGUCCAGCACUCUUGAUAACCAGAAUCAGGCCCUCGCUGCGCACCUCGAACAGGCCGACCCUGCCAUUUACAACAUUAUCCUCAAGAACUUCACCUCCAAGGCCGUUUUGGAAGCUCUUGGAAGUGUUAUGCAAAACAAGUACUCGGAAGGAUAUCCCGGUGCUCGAUACUAUGGCGGAAACGAAUUCAUCGAUCAGGCAGAGUCGCUGUGCCAGAAGCGCGCCUUGACAGCUUUUGACCUCGAUGCCACUCUCGGUGCCCCCGCGAACCUGUACGUUUACUCUGCUCUCAUGGGAACUCACGAUCGGCUGAUGGGUCUCGAUCUCCCCCAUGGAGGCCAUCUUUCCCACGGCUACCAGACGCCGACAAAGAAGAUCUCGUUCAUUUCCAAAUACUUUGAAACCCUCCCAUACCGCCUCGACGAGAAAACGGGCCUGAUCAACUAUGACCAGCUCGAGGAGCUCGCCACCCUCUAUCGCCCCAAGAUUAUCGUCGCCGGGACGAGCGCCUACAGCCGGCUGCUUGACUACAAGCGCUUCCGCGAAAUUUGCGACAAGGUGAAUGCCUACCUCGUUGCCGACAUGGCCCAUGUCUCGGGCCUCGUAGCCGCCAACGUCAUCCCCAGCCCGUUUGCCUUUGCCGAUAUCGUCACCACCACGAGCCAUAAGAGUCUGCGCGGACCCCGAGGUGCCAUGAUCUUCUUCAGAAAGGGUGUUCGUCGAGUAAACCAGAAGACCAAGAAGGAAGAAAUGUACGAUCUCGAGGGCCCCAUCAACACCUCCGUCUUCCCUGGUCAUCAAGGUGGCCCCCACAACCACACGAUUGCCGCUCUCGCCGUGGCUCUUCAACAGACGCAAACCCCCGAAUUCCGCGCGUACCAGGCCCAAGUGCUUUCCAACGCCAAGUCCUUGGCUCGCCGCCUAGAGAUCCCAAGGAAAAGGCCCCAAGGAAUUGACGGAAGCCGAGUCGAACGAGUCCUAGAGCUUGUCGGCAUCGCCGCCAACAAGAACACCGUUCCCGGCGAUAGCAGAGGAUUUUCCGAGAACGAUUUCGAGAGGGUUGCAGAUAUCAUUGACCGCGCCGUGACCAUCACCCUCAGAUUAAACAAGGCGGCGAGGCAGGCGGCCGAGGAAAAGGGAGAGUCGAGCCCCGGCAAGCUCAAGUUGUUCCUUGACCACGUCGGCGAUGGGUCGUCGGAUCGGGAAAUCGUGCAGCUCAAGUCAGAGGUAGCGGAUUGGGUGGGUACGUACCCUUAUCCCUGGGACUCUCGGUCAAGUAGCUGA